UUCAGUUUAACUACCUUCUUUUUUUGCUCUAUUUUGAGUCUUAGAAUUGAUUCAUUCAAGAUUGAAGCUAAGUGGUGUGAUCCAACAAAGGAGCAAAACAACAACAGCAGCAAAAGCAUCAACGACAUGCUCCCUCCAGAAUUGAUAACUCAAAUCUUAGGGAGACUUUCCGUCAAACACCUUGGGUGCGUCAAGAGUGUUUCCAAGCUUUGGAACAAUCUCAUUCCAACCCCAAUUUCGCAAAUUCUCAUUUUGAACUCUCUCUGGCACCCACCCAUAGAUGCAUCUUCAUCCCAGAAGUUACAAUUGAUCAUCUAUCCAUUGACCUGGAUGCACUAUCCCAUGCUACUCAUGCUGCCGCUGCCGCUGCUACAAUAACAAAGAUUCCUCCUUCUCCUGCUGCUAAUAACGAUCCUGAUCCUGAUUCUGAUGAUCACAUCGUUCUUGGAUCAUGUCGAGGAUUCAUAGCUUUAUACCAAUACCCACACUUUUUCGUCAUAUGAAACCCGUUAACCGGAUCCCACAGAAUUAUUUCAUGCCAUCAUAUUGCAAAAAUUUCCGAUAUGGCUACUAAUUGUUAUUACUCCUUUGGGGCGAGCUUCUCUUUGGAUUUGGGUAUGACGCAAUUAGAGAUGACUACUUGGUGGUUUUAGUUUGGAAUGAUGAAGUGAAGAAUCAAGAAGGUCACUUUGAUUUCUUCUCUUUUGCGAAAAUUGGGCACCUUCGGUGUUCUUUAAUGGGGCUAUUUAUUGGUUGAAUCAUGAUGGUGAUUAUGAUGCUAUUGUUACUAUUCUUGUCUUUGAUACUAGCAAAAGGAAGGAUUUUUUAGAGAUUCCUGUGCCAGAACAGUAGGAAAGUGUUAUCCUUGCCGACUGACAGUCCUGGGAGAGUGUUUAACCUUGUAUUAUGAUAAAUGUGAUUAUAAUUAUGAUAAAUCUGUGAUAUGGGUGAUGAAAGAGUACAACGUGCAGUCUUCUUGGACUUCCUAUGAGAUUCCCAGCAGUUACUUUGAGCCUAUGUGCUUGUCCGAGGAUGGGGAUUUUAUAGGAUUCGAUGAAUUACCUGGAAUGUCGAAAUAUAAUGUUAGAGGAGAGCUGAUCCUGCGUUUUGAUCGCCCUUGUGAUCAGAUUGGGUACGUUUCGUAUACUGUUUAUACAGAGAGUUUCUUGAUACUGGCUAAUGAUGGCUCUGAGGAGAAAGAAGGGAGUUCAUCAGUUAAAGGGACUGAAGAGAGCACCAACUUAGCCACUUGAUUGUUGUUUUAAACUAAGGUAAAAAAGUGGAAGGAGUUUCAAGAAACUUUUGUAUAUUUGUUUUUGAGUUUGCUUUGAAAAUGAGUUUCAUUCCAUAUAUGAAUGUUGGAAACUCAAGGACAUAUAGACAAUUCAAAUGGUGCAAGUCAUGUAUUAGAUGCAGUAUCUUUUGUGAAUAUGCAAUAAUAGUACUACUAAUAGUUCUUAAGUCUGCCUUAAUUUUCUUUUUCUUCUGCUAUACAUGCAUGAUGAAUGUAGCUUUCCGAUUUUCAUUUUGCAUUGAGAUCUCUAUUAAGUCAAUACAUA